AACGUGCUGGGAUGCCCGAGCCCGUCAAAGUCGCGUGCCAUGGGACGGCACGGUCGGCUGGGACGACCGCGUUGGCGCGGCAUGCCGCAACGAAGCGCGUGUUCCGCAUGAUCACGUGGGCUGUCGGAGCCACCGCGGCCUACAACAUGACGAUUGGGGUCGUCGGAGCAACCAUCGCGCCGGGCUGCCUGUCCACGACCGAGCAGGGGAUGUACUUUGCACUGCCGUACACGGCGCUCGUGGCAUGCACUGUGUACUGCCGGCAUGUCUUUUCAUCGUUCGUCGCGGUCGACAUGGUCGAGGAGAAGUCCGAGUCGGUCGGGGCGAGGGAAGCGACGCGGAACACGUGGACGACGGCGGGCGUGAUUAACGCCCUCAUGUUUACCACGAUCCAGUCGGUGCUGUUUCAGUGCCCGACUGACGACAAGACGACGUUGCUGACGGUCUGGUACGUCGGCAAGAUUUGGUUUGCGUCGGGGUGGUCCAUCAUCGGGAUCUGCGAGUCGUCGCUCUACCUCAUGUACACGGACCCGUUGGGCGACGCCGACCUGGCGCAGUUCAUCCAGGACAAUCCCAAAUCGAUUGGCCUGCCGACCGUCGAUUUGGCGCUCUCGCUCCUUCUCACCGUGUCCGCCGUUAGUCUGUGGUUUUACGGGCGGUUCGGGUGCUUCCUCGGCAUCGUGCUCAACAUCCUGUGGCCCAUGGCGAUCAUGACCAUCGUGAACCAGUGGCGGAAGAUAUCCCUGUGGCACAAGCGCCCGACGACUCGAUCCGACAUGCUGGAAAAGGACACUAGCUCGUAAGCCGUUGCCGGCAAAGCAACAACCGCACCAACAAGUCGUCCUUGUCGCCGGGAUAGCUGCCGUUCGAAGGGUACUGAGCGAGCCACCGCGCACUCCGUUGCGGCUCCAGCUGCUAGCUGCGCGCGUGUGUGGUGUUGCUCCGAGUCGUGCCCAUGCCUCGACACGUCAUGCACAUGUUAACUUAUUAAAAUUUUCGUCCGCC